AUGACUGGGCUGCCUCAUCUGUUGCUGAUGCUGCUUUUCAAGCUCCUGCCUCCAACUAGUGCUAAGAGGAUGGAAACCAAAUGCAUGAAGACAAACCUUUUUCAGACCAAGAAAGGCUAUUACAGACCUGGUGAUCUCAUUAUUGGUGCAAAUUUACCAUUCAGAAUCAUUGUUUUCUCUAUGAUGCAACACUUUGAAAAACAUCCACUCCAGAAUUAUGUCACAUUUUCCUUUAUACCCAAAAACUACCAGCACUUCAUGGCCUUGGUGUUUGCAGUCACAGAAGUGAACAAAGAUUUUAUUCUCCUCCCCAACAUCACACUUGGCUUCCAGAUCUACAGCAAUUUCCAAGAUGAGAUAUCAGUUUCUUCAAACAGCAUCUAUCUGCUCUCACGAGGCCGACUGGCUCCAGGUUAUAAAUGUGACCAGCAGGACACACUGCUCUCAGUCGUUGGAGAUGUCAGCUCCAAAUUCUCAAAGCAAAUGGCAUCCCUCUUCAGCAUCUUCAAGGUCCCACAGCUUGGUGUUGGCUUUGAGUUCACUCAGGAAGGCAGAGCAGUUUAUCCUCCCUUCUUCCGGAUUAAUCCCAAGGAAUCUGCUCAGUAUUAUGGUUUAGUCCAGCUGCUCCUGUAUUUUGAGUGGAACUGGGUUGGGCUUCUGGCCCCAGAAAAUGACAGUGGUGGACAUUUCCUUGCAUCUCUGAUUCCAAUGCUCAAAGAGAAGGAGAUCUGCCUGGCUUUCUGUGAAAUGUUGACAUCUGAUUAUUAUCGUAAUCUGGAGUCAAAAUCGUAUCAGAUUUUUAAUACCUGGUCUAAAGCUGAAGUGAUGAUUCUGUUUGCAGACCACACUAGCAUUGCAAAUGUACAGAUGUUUCUGUAUUAUCAUGAGCAAUUGAAAAACACAUCGUUUCUGAAAGUUUGGAUCUUAACUUCCCAUUGGAAACUUAAUGUGAGAAAACCUCAAGACAUACUGAGAAAUGGAAAGCCCUUCCAUGGGGCUCUGCAUUUCAGGGACCACGCUGGCGAUGUCUCGGGAUUCAGCCACUUCCUCCUGUCUUUAGAUCCCUUGAAUCCACAAGGUGAUGUCUUUCUCCGUCCAUGGUGGAAAAAUCUCUUUAACUGCACAAUCCACCAACCAGGCAAAAUCUCUCCAAAGGGGAAAAAUACAUGCACAGGAAAGGAAACUUUACUGAAAUUGCCAAUGUAUAUUUUUGACACAGGCAUGACUGAUGACAGUUACCACAUCUACAAUGCCGUUUAUGCUGUGGUACAUGCAUUACAUGCAAUGCAAGGAUCGGAAACCCAUCCAGCCAUGCUGAGGCUUGGAAACAGGAUCUCAAAUGUUCAGGCCUGGCAGAUUCUUUCCUAUUUGAGGAAGGUCCAAUUCAACAACAGUGCUGGAGAUGAAGUCUCCUUCUCAGAAAAUGGACUGGAAUCUGCUCGUUAUGAUCUACUCAACUGGGUUUUCCUGCCCAAUCAAUCUUUUAGCUCCACAAAAGUUGGGCAAAUAGAUCUUGGGGUUCCCCCAAGCCAAGAUUUCACCAUUAAUGCAGAUGCAAUCAUCUGGGUCACAAAGAAGGUGCCCUUUGCCAGGUGUGGCAUGAAGAGGUGUCAUGCAGGAGAGAGGAGGAGCAUUCCAGAGGGCAAGCAGAUUUGCUGCUACCAAUGUGCCCCUUGUUCAGAAGGGACCAUUUCUAAUCAGACAGAUGCAGCCCACUGUGAUCUCUGCCCAGAAGACCAAUAUCCAAACAAAGAUAAUGACCACUGUAUUGCCAAGAAGCUCCAUUUCCUUGCCUAUGAAGAACCUCUGGGAUAUGCUUUAGCUUCUCUAGCUUUUUCUCUCUUUGUGAUCACAUUUGCAAUCCUGAUUAUUUUUCUUGAACAUCAUGGUACACCAAUCGUCAAGGCCAACAACCAAAAUCUUACCUAUAUUCUCCUGGUCUCCCUCCUGCUUUGCUUUCUCUGCUCCUUCCUCUUUAUUGGUCAACCCAGGAAGAUCACCUGUCUCUUCCGACAAAUUUCCUUUGCCAUUCUAUUUUCUCUUGCAGUUUCCUCUGUUUUGGCAAAAACUGUCAUGGUGGUUCUUGCUUUCAUGGCCACCAAGCCAGGGAACAGGACAAGGAAACUCUUAGGAAAACCACUAACUAAUUCCAUUAUCUUAGCCUGUCCCCUGAUCCAAGGAAUUCUUGGUGUCACCUGGCUAGUAACCUCUCCCCCAUUUCCCAAUUUGGACUUCCACUCCUUGGUAGGAGAGACCAUCUUGGAAUGUAAUGAAGGUUCAGCUUCAAUGUUUUAUGCUGUGCUUGCCUACCUGGGUUUUUUGGCCUUUAUCAGUUUUACAGUGGCCUUUUUGGCUAGAAAAUUGCCCAACAGCUUUAAUGAAGCCAAGUUCAUUACUUUUAGUAUGCUGGUCUUUUGCAGUGUUUGGAUCACCUUCCUCCCCACUUAUCUGAGCACCAAAGGGAAGUCCAUGGUGGUUGUGGAGAUCUUUUCCAUCUUAACAUCUGGGGCUGGUCUCUUGGCUUGUAUUUUUUUCCCCAAAUGUUACAUUAUCCUACUGAGACCCAGUCUGAAUAGCAGAGAAAUGAUAAUGAGGCACAAGAAUCUCUGA